AUGCAAUUAGUCGGUAAAGAGACAGGAUUAGGAUGGAAUCAUGUAAGGGGUACCAUUGAUGCCAGUCUUGAAUGGUGGGAGGAGAAAUUAAAGGUACUAUCUGAAACUGCAAAGUUUCGUGACACGGGGUUGGAGAAUGCUGCACUACGACAAGUUAUGUUUUCGAAAACCAUUGCUUUAGGUGACACGGCAUGGACACCGGCUUUAGGGACAAUGCCUCCCGAUCCAUACCGUUCAUGUAAUUUAGAGGAAGGUAGUGGAGACUCGGGUGAAGACAUCAAUGUGGCAACCAUAAAUCUUGAACCCGGUGAUUUUGAGGUUACUCCUUUAAGUGAUAAAGGAAAGAAAAGAAUUGAUGAAAUGAGACGAGUAAAGGGGAGUGGAGUGGGGCUCUCCUCUGCUGCAUAA